UUAUUAUCGAAAUCUAUAUGUCCUUCCUGUUCGGUCAACUGUAGGCUGUUAGUAGUAAGAUCAAGGGUCUGCAUGGUACCUCCAGGAUCGGCAUGGUAGACCUUGCUCAACGGACGAUUGAAUAACGGAUCUUUCAUCGCGAUCUCUAGCUGAAAGAUGACGCAACCAGACCCGACCUCUCAAGGUCAAUAUCUCAACGGAAACCCAGAAAAGCCUAAAGGGAACGGGCACACAUCGCCUGCGCUCGGGAUGAACGGAAACAGCGCAGAACCGAGGAUGGACAUGAACUCGAAACCGAACAACCCAUUCCAUGCCAUAGGGCAGGAACUGGAAUUCCUCUCCUCUGGCGUGAGGUUGUCGCUAGGUGGUGAUGUUGGACUUGAAGGCCCAAUACUGGCAGCCGGGUCAGGAUUACUGCCAAUAGAUGGAUCGGGGCUCGGAAUUGGGGAAAGUUCGAGAGGGAGAGAAUGGAUGAGGGCUGUCAAGCGGAUUAGCGGGUUCGUUGAGUCGAGCGAUGAGAACAUCUACCAGAUUUCUCCGUUUGACCCUUCUGCACAACCAUCCCCCUACCGCCAAACUUCGUCGAAGGGGAAACGCGCAAGGCACGCCUCUCCAUCCAAGUCACAGUCGAGCGGAUUGGAGGGCAAACGAGCUCGAACCCAAAGUACUGUCGACAAUGGUAGUGCUAUGCGUCAAACGGGAAUGGCAUACGGACAGGCUUUGACGGGGGGAAAGCGGGAGGUGGACGUCUAUCCCGAUGUCCCGGAGGAGCUAGUCAGGCUGGUCUACCCUACGACACCUUCCUCUUCUUCGUCUCCAUCGCCAUCAGACAAGAUUCAAGUCGAUAGGCUAGAGUCGGAAAGUCCGGAUAGUAGUACAAGGGGACCCGAGGUACCGGCAAGACGAUCCCCGAUCUGGAGCUCGAGAGAACGGCUGGAAGUCGGUCUCAACGAGAUUCAGAACAGUGGGAUCUUGGUUAACUCGACGACGAAAGCUUUAACGGUCGGAUCAGGUUCAGAAGGAGGUACCAAUCUGGACCCGGGCCUGGGUCUCGGUGUGAAUGUAGAUGCGGGGACAGCAAUCGCAAUGGCAGCAGCGACUUCAAGCUCAGCGCCCAGCUCAGGACUUGGAUCAGGCUUAGAGCCAGGAUCCGGGCAGCAGCCGGACACAUCAACUGGAACAGGACUAGAAUUCAGUCUAGAAGAUUAUUGGCCGGGCUCGAGUAGCAGACUUGCGUCUGGUGCGAGCAAGAAUCGAGCUGAGCAAGACAGUCCCAACACGAACUCGGCGUCGAAGAAGAAAAACGAAAACGAAAACCUGGAUUCGCCUUCCACCCGGAACUUCGAGGUACAUACAGCCGCAAACUCGAUCUUGGAACCUGAUCCAGAGUUUACGAUCAAGUUUAGGCUGAGAGGAUGUUUCAAGGGAUGGGCCGUCUUUGGUCGACGGAAGAGCAAACCCAGACCGAAAACUGGCUCACAAGCGGAUAUGGGAGCGAGAAAGAUUGGGGAGAGGAACAUGGUAGCGUUCAGGUUUAAUCUGUUUGCUGAUACCGAAGCUAACAAGGGCAAGAACGACGUUUCGGCGUACAAGGCGACGAUCGAUUUGGGGAUCUAUCUGGCCGGGCUCGGUCUAGGUCUCGAGGAGACUCUGAUCCGGCUCAGUACGUAUAACGAUCUGAUGACCAGACCUUGUUUCAUCUGCCAGCGAUUAUUCUACUCUGGGAGCACUGCAGGGCCAGGUCCAGGUGUGCCAGGCGGACUGCCCAUCGGACGAGCGCGGGCGUGUUCGGGCGGGGAUGACGAGGACAAAGACAACAAUGGGUGGAUGGCGUAUCACCUGGAAUGUCUUCGGCAUUCAGGCGGGUUUGACAGGGUCUGAGGGCAGGCGAGCAUGGUCUUUCGGAGAUGGGCGUCGUUAGGUGGUCUGGACAUGGUCGUCGUCAUCCUUGCAUGCUUGUAAGGACGUGUUGUCACCCGUCUUCGGACCCGAUAUAUACAUCCAGCUCGGUCCAGCUUUGCUUCCGCACCCCCACCUUCCCCCACUUGGCGUCGCUGGGCGCGUUGUUUCCCCCAACGAGUACGACACUUUGAACCUAU